GACAUUAAACCUCGUUGUGGUGUACAUGUGGACUCAACACAUCAAACAGUUGCAUCACGUUGUAUCACUCGUUCCUGCGAUUAUAUUUGAGUGAAAUACAUUGUGAUGACAGGUUGAAGUAAGAAAUUGCUAGAAGUUGACAUGGAUAGCAAAGAUGGUGCCGGUAAGGCUUCAGAGGUCCAAGUGGAAAGGAAGAGCACUGCAAAGCUUGAUGAAAUCCGGCAAAUUGAAAAACAAGUGCAGGAAAGGUGGAGGAAAGAGCGCAUUUUUGAAGAGGAUGCACCUGUUCCUGGCAGUCCUGAAGCCAAAAAGCCGAAGUAUGUGGUGACCUUUCCAUUCCCUUACAUGAAUGGACGUCUUCAUCUGGGACAUACCUUUUCCCUGUCAAAGUGUGAGUUUGCUGUCGGAUAUGAGCGUAUGCAAGGGAAGAAAUGCCUGUUUCCAUUUGGCCUCCACUGUACUGGAAUGCCAAUUAAGGCGUGUGCAGACAAACUCAAAAGAGAAAUGGAGGUAUAUGGCUGUCCCCCAGUGUUCCCUGUUGAUGAAGAAACACAAGAAGAAACACCGCAGGAGGAUGAACCAAUUAUUAAAGACAAAUCUAAAGGGAAGAAGAGUAAGGCCGUGGCUAAAACUGGAAAUCUCAAGUACCAGUGGCAGAUAAUGGCAGCUCUCGGUGUACCGGAUGAGGAAAUCAAACAAUUUGCAGACUCACUACACUGGCUGGAGUACUUCCCACCUCUCACAAAGACGGACCUACAACAUAUGGGAGUUAAGGUUGACUGGAGGCGAAGCUUCAUCACCACGGAUGAGAACCCAUACUAUGACUCAUUUGUACGAUGGCAGUUCCACAGGCUCAAGGAGAGAAACAAGAUUAAGUUUGGCAAGAGAUACACCAUAUACUCCCCAAAAGAUGGACAGCCUUGUAUGGACCAUGACAGGAGUAAAGGGGAGAAUGUUGGGCCACAAGAGUACACAGUUAUUAAGAUACGGAUGUUGGAGCCCCUCCCUCCUAAACUCAGUGGUUUGAAGGGAAGAAAAGUGUAUCUAGCGGCUGCCACACUACGUCCAGAGACCAUGUUUGGUCAGACCAAUAUCUGGAUUCAUCCAACCAUCCCCUACAUUGCACAUGAGUUAGCCAAUGGAGAAGUCUUCAUCUCCACCAAACGGUCUGCUCGAAAUAUGUGUUACCAAGGUUUCACCAAGACAGAGGGAAAGGUCGAUGUUCUGGUGGAACUGAGUGGACAGGAUAUUAUGGGUGCUGCACUGAGUGGACCACUAACCAAGUACAAGACUAUCUACACUCUACCAAUGCUCACCAUCAAAGAGGAUAAAGGAACCGGUGUGGUUACCAGCGUACCUUCAGAUGCUCCAGAUGACUUUGCUGCUUUACGGGACUUAAAAAAUAAACAGCCUUUGAGAGAAAAGUAUGGCAUUAAAGAUGACAUGGUCCUGCCUUUUGAACCAGUUCCUAUCAUUGAUGUACCGGACUACGGCAAUCUUUGUGCUGUCAGAGCUUGUGAAGAAUAUAAAAUAUUGAGCCAGAACGACAAAGACAAGCUUCUAGAGGCUAAGAAAACUGUCUACAAAAAAGGAUUUUAUGAGGGAGUAAUGAUUGUGGAAGGUUACAAGGGACAGAAAGUCGAAGAUGUAAAGAAAGUCAUUCAGGAAAUGAUGAUUAAAAAUGGAGAUGCUGUGAAGUAUAUGGAGCCAGAGAAAGUGGUGAUAUCCCGGUCCAAUGAUGAAUGUGUCGUAGCAAAUUGUGACCAAUGGUACUUGGACUAUGGUGAAGAGAAGUGGAAAAGCCAGGCCCUUGAAUGUCUAAAAGAUAUAGAAACAUACGCUGAUGAAGUUCGUAAGAACUUUGUGGCCACACUGGAUUGGUUACAUGAACAUGCCUGCUCACGAAGUUUUGGCUUAGGUACAAAACUACCAUGGGACACCAAGUAUGUAAUUGAAGCCCUGUCUGAUUCUACCAUCUAUAUGGCCUACUACACCGUGGCUCACCUGCUGCAGGGAGGUGUGUUUGAUGGCAGUGGUGACAGUCCAGCCAAAAUCAGGGCAGACCAACUAACACCAGAAGUGUGGGACUACAUAUUUUUCAGCAAUACUAAAGUUCCCAAAACAGACAUCCCGUUGAAAACAUUGGACAGGCUGAGGGCGGAGUUUAACUACUGGUACCCAGUCGAUCUCCGGGUUUCCGGGAAGGACCUUGUACCUAAUCAUCUAACCUACUACAUCUAUAAUCACUGUGCCAUGUGGCCUAAUGACCCAUCAAAAUGGCCGAAAGCGAUCAGAGCAAAUGGACAUCUGUUGUUAAACGCAGAAAAGAUGUCCAAGUCUACAGGAAACUUCCUGACACUGAAGGAUGCGCUAGAAAAGUUCUCUGCUGAUGGUAUGCGUCUCGCCCUGGCUGGUGCGGGAGACACUGUCGAGGAUGCUAACUUCAUGGAGAUAAUGGCAGAGGCUGGCCUGCUCCGUCUCUACACAUUUAUGGAAUGGGUCAAGGAAAUUCUGGCUGCGAAGGGAACCCUACGAUCAGGCACUGACCGCACGCUUAGUGACAAGGUCUUCAUCAGUGACAUGAACAAGGCUAUCCUGGAGACAAAAGCCUACUAUGAGAAGAUGAUGUACAAGGAGGCGCUGCGUACAGGAUUCUUCGAAUUCCAGGGUUUACGAGACAAGUAUCGGGAGCUGGAACUGGAAGGGAUGCAUGAAGAUCUCUUGUUAAGCUUCAUAAAGACACAGACUCUCAUGCUCAGUCCGAUUUGCCCCCACAUCUGUGAGUAUCUGUGGGGCCUGCUGGGUAAUAAAGAAAGCAUCAUGCAUGCUUCCUGGCCUGUGGCUGGGCCAGUAGAGGACAAACUAAUUCAGCUGUCACAGUACAUAAUGAACUCGGCACACAACUUCCGCAUUCGUCAGAAACAGUUGAUGACACCCGGUAAGGGUAAGAAGCAGGCCAUCAGUAAACCGUCACAUGGUACCGCCUGGGUGGCGAAGACUUACCCGGCCUGGCAGACAACAGUGCUCAACAAAUUACUUCAACUACAUCAGGAACAUAAUGGUUUCCCAGAAAAUAAGGUGAUAGCAAACGCUCUGCAAAGUGAGCCAAGUCUGCAAAAAUACCAGAAGAAGUUGAUGCCGUUUGUACAGCUGAUGAAGAAUGGAGUGGCCGCUUGUGGCCUGAAAGCCCUAAAGACCACCAUGGACUUUGAUGAAAAGGAGGUGAUGGAGAUGUACAAGAAGUACCUCAUCUCUACACUGGAGGUUGAGGGACUAGAUGUGAAGUUCUCAGAAGAUGCUGAUAACAAGAUCCGAGAGGACUGUGUACCUGGGAGUCCCUUCCUCACCUUACACACACAGCCGAGUGUCGGUGUACGUAUAGCUAAUUGCCAGCCGUACAGUGGCCUGUUUGAAGUGACACUACCUAUCUAUGAGGAUGAUGUGAAGUCAAAGGUCAUCAACAGGCUCAUGAAGACAGACCGUUCUAAAAUGAAAGAUGCAAGCCAGGUGGAAGUGAUGGUGUUUAACUCUGAGCAGGAGAUGAGGAGGGUUCCUGAUCUAAAUGACCCUGACCGGGGCAAGACAGUGCUGUCCGAUAAUGCUGUGUUCCACAUCAAUCUGGAAAAUGGCACUGCGUCUGUUCAGACUAAUGGAAAGUCUGUGGAUGUCACUAACUUACUAAGUUACACUGUGAAAUCUUAAAGCCGGUCUGAGGCCUCUCAAAGCCGGUCUGAGGCCUCUCAAAGCUGGUCGGAGGCCUCUCAAAGCCAUUCGGAGGCCUCUCAAAGCCAUUCGGAGGCCUCUCAAAGCCGGUCUGAGGCCUCUCAAAGCCAAUUGGAGGCCUAGCUAUCAAAGCCGAUCGGUGGCCCCUCAAAGCCAGUUGGAGGCCUCUCAUAGCCAGUCGGAGGCCUAUCAAUUUUACAGACAGCUACUAAGUUAUAUCUUGAUAAAUUUAUGGUUCAAACCUUCUAUUAUUGUCUUAACACCACCGAACCAGUCCUUUAGGGGCGAGACCCGAGUACUCCACUCCCUGAAGGGUGACUGAAGGUCAGCGAUAUUUUGGUGAUGGAAUUGAAAAUGACCCUUUUGUUCUAAGUGUUUAGACAUUAUCAUAUAGUGUACAUGUGUGUGCUAAAUUAAUUUUGAAUUCAGCGAGUUCUUGUCGUUGGUGAAAUGUAUGCAUCUUUUGUUUAGUGUGUGUUGAUGAGGAUACAUCACAUUACUGAGGUAGGCCCAUAUCGUAAGACAUAUGUUUAAAGAAUCUGAAACUUUUAUCUGUCGUAAUUUUAACAGAUUGGCACAUUGAUGAAUUGGAAAGUCAACAAUAUAUGUAAUACAAUACAAUACAACUUUGUUGCAACCAUUACGUGGCCCAGUGUUUCCACAAUACAGUAACAACCAUUACGUGGCCCAGUGUUUCCACAAUACAGUAACAACCAUUACGUGGCCCAGUGUUUCCACAAUACAGUAACAACCAUUACGUGGCCCAGUGUUUCCACAAUACAGUAACAAAGUGUAUUUUGUAUUUCUAUAAAGGAGUGUCAGAAUACUCACUAAUAGGAUUUUGAAAUUCAGAACUAUUUAUGAUAAACUCCAUGCUUGUAGACAGUAUGUUUCACCAGUAUGCCACUAGACCCAGUAAUCUCUCUGUGUAGUGUAUAUCAUAUUGUUGUACUACCACACUAUUACAUAAUUAUAAGCUUUUGGGGGUUAAGAAUGGGGGAGUUGCUAAUAUUAAAAAAUAUCAGAAAAACUUUGAGUCUACAAUAUAUUGGAAUGAAAUUAAUAAAAAUCUCUCUUAAACAAAGGUGAGAUUCUAAACUGACCAAACAUAAGUUUGAUAUGUUUGUAUUUUGGAGUGAAUGUAUAAUAAAACGUUAUCAAUAUAGAAA